AUGUCCCAAAAUUCGAAUUCAGCCGCUCCCAUUCACGGGACAGUUGAGAAAUAUGGCCGAUUCUAUGGAUUAUGGCGAUAUGAAAAAUAUCUACUUCCGAUCGAUGCGGAAGAGCUUGAUAGGCUGGAUAUGUCUCACAAAUUCUUUACAGUUGCACGGAACUAUGCGCUCUAUUCGCCCCGGCUGACUGAUCAGCGACCGCUUCGAGUUCUGGAUCUUGGCACUGGAACUGGUAUCUGGGCCAUCAGUUUUGCGGAAGCACAUCGGCAUCAGCCCGAGAUCCAGGCUGUGGACCUUCAUUUAAUUCAGCCGGCUAGAAUUCCUCGUGGAAUGACAACAAUACAAUUUGACAUUGAAGAUGAAAAUUGGGACGUCUUGAUGACAAAUUGCGAUAUAGUGUAUCUUCGCGCGCUCUACGGAAGCAUCCACCCCAGCUCGUGGCCGUCUAUUUACCGCAAUAUAUUCAACCACCUGCUCCCUAGAUCGGGAUACGUCGAGCACGUUGAGAUAGACUGGGUAGCCCGUUGGGAGGGAAACGAUAUUCCACGGCAAUCUGCUGUUAAUGAGUGGUCAGACCUGCUUUUGAGGUCUUUGGAGAGGUUUGACCGCGAUGCUAGAAUCGAUUCGGCUGCGAUUCGACGGACAAUCGAGGGUGCUGGAUUUGUCGAUUUCGAGGAAGUGACAAUACCAUGUUACAUGACCCCCUGGAUGGAGAACGAGCAGGCGCAAGAUACUGCCAGGUGGUUCAACGUUAGCUUCUGUCAGGGAUUGGUGGCCAUGAGUCUGAGGCCUAUGAUCGAAGGCCUGGGCAAGGAGGAUCGUUUUGUCCAUGACCUUUGCAGGAGAGUCCACGAGGAAGUUUGCCAGCUGCGCCAUCAUGUAUACUUUACUAUGUAA